AUGGCAGCGGUAUCCCGGAAUCCUGGUUUCGCAUCCCAGGUACUUGCGCAGCCCGUACCAAUCACGCCACACGACCUGGCAGCCGGCGGACUCGUUGUGAAAGCAGACUUUGACGACGGAUAUCCUCAUUUCAGCACUGAAAAGCCCUCUCAGGAAGCCAGAGAUGCGGCUAAGCCCACUAUGUUUGUGUUUCAAACAGCAUCAGACUUCAAUGACGACCAAGCUGCGGAAGCCGGCUUCAUUAUUGGGACUACUAUGCAACCGUUGUCGGAUAGCAUCGGCCCCAGCGUCAUGUUUCGCCCCGCUCCAAAUAAAUCUACCGCUGCGCAAACCUUCACCAUGAAGACUGAAAGUCCGACUACGGCACGCUUAAGACAUCGCAAGGACUGGCCUUCAUGGCUGAUACAGCUAAAAUUCCAGGCCUAUCAACACAACAUCUGGGAAUACAUCGACCCCUCGGCACCACCCAACGCCUCGGAUCCCGCACAGCGGAUCCUCCACAUCCCAAAGAUUGAUGAGCUGAUUUCGUGGCGACAGGUUCAACUCAAAGAGCAGUAUUCCCGAGAGUUACGAGCGGCCUAUUCGGCAAGGGCGGGCGGGUCUCCUCAGCAGCCCCUGCCGCCUGCGCCAGCGGCAGUCACCCUCGACGACAUUCGUGAGGAGUUUAAAACACGUCUUGCAGAGUACUAUGAAGGUGUGGUCGAGCGCGACGAUAUCAGAAAGGAGUACCGAACCGUGUGGAACUGGGUCCAUGCAACAGUCGACGCGAGCGUGCUGUCCGCCGCGCGGGCGACUGCUGCUGCGGAGGACGACUGUAGCCUGCGAGGUGUCGUGCGGGCCCUGCGAGGCCGAUUUGGUCCCGCGAGGGAUAGGGAAGGAAGCGUGGUACGGCGAUUGUUUCUGGGCCGCGUUUUGGUCCGGAGGGCUCUUGAGAGGGUGAAGGCGCUUGCGAAGGAUCCAGCUCACGGGGUUCAACCGCAGACAUGCACGGUACCGAGUUUCUUGAAGCUUCCGAAUGAGAUGCUGUACCACAUCAUCAGCUUUCUUGAACUGCACGACCAGUUCAUUUUGCGUCAAACCUGCAAAGACAUGCAAAUCCUCCUCCAGAAAGACUGGAGGCUGCUGUUCACUCGCCUUGCCGUCAGUCAAAAACUAGACUUUUUGGCUGGUUUGGCAUUCACCUCACCCAACCACUGGGUCUGCGGAGGCUGCCACCUGCUCCAUCGCAUCGACACGAACGACAUGCCUUGGCAUCUGCUGCGUACUUGCCCAUAUGACACAAACAGAGCAUGUUUCUUAUCCCGUUUCGACAUUCGAGAGAGCCAUGUUCAACUCGCACUCAAGCUCAUGCGACUCGAAACAGCCGCCAACCAGGAGUAUUUGAAGAAGAUCAUGUCACCGUUUACCUUCGAAUUCACCAUCCAUGCUUGGUAUGACUACGGUUCCUACAAGUCCCCCAAUGACAAGUCUUGGACUGCACCCGUUUAUGAUACCAGCAACACGUAUUCGCCAGGUCCUAAGGUGUAUCCUGACUCUGGCAGCAUUCGGAUGCUGUACGCAACGGGCACCACACUUGGCAACGUCAGGUGA